GGUCAUUCACAGUCGCGGAUUUUCACUCGGACGGCGCGCGUGCGACGGGAGGACGGGCAACGGGGCUGAGAGCGGUUGCCGGGUGAUAGGAGAUUUUUUUAAAGCUACAGCUGUACGACGGUCUGAAGCGAUUUGUGAUUCCGCCAUAACUCACACUGUCCCCUUAACACAAACAGUAACACUUACUAGCUGUGUUACUUAGCUAGUAGCCCGGCAACCAACCGAGGAGGUGUUUGUGAGAGCUAAUUAGCGACCGUUAGCUGUUUGCUAACAUCGCCGUAGACGUUAGAGAUCCCGAGCAGCUAGCUGCGUUAGCCGGAUCAUUACAAACAACACAACUCCUCUCCCUUCACACCGAAACGCUGGAAAUCCGAAAGCGGCCGGAGGCAGGCGAAGCGCCGGCGAAGCUGGGGCUGUUAGCGGAACCGCACAGUGGAGGAGGACCCGCUGAGAGGCACAGCGGCGGGGACGCAGCGGCCGCCAUGGACGGGCUGCCGGUGGAGGUGCGCGGCUCUAACGGGGCCUUCUACAAGGCGUUCAUCAAAGAUGUCCAUGAAGACUCCCUCACGAUAGUUUUUGAGAACAACUGGCAACCAGAGAGACAGCUGCCGUUUAGUGAUGUGAGGUUGCCACCGCCAUCUGACUACCACAAGGACAUCGGCGAGGGCGAGGAAGUGGAGGUAUACUCCCGGGCAAACGAGCAGGAACCCUGCGGCUGGUGGCUGGCGAGGGUGAGGAUGAUGAAGGGCGAGGUGAGUCAGAAACUGUUCUAUGUGAUUGAGUAUGCUGCAUGUGAUGCCACAUACAACGAAAUUGUCACAUCAGAAAGAAUCCGGCCUGUCAACCCCAACAGCCCUUCCACUUGCAGCUCCUUCUACAAAACCACUAUUGCUGUGCCCGAGGACCUCCGAGAAAUCUGUUUAACUGACAACAUCCACAAAGACUUCAGGAAAGCAAUCGGAGCCAACUGCGUCUUCUACAGCAGUUCAACACAUGAAUUGAUUGUACUGUCAACAAAUGACUCCACAGUGAAGCGUGCCUCCCUUCUGAGUGACAUGCACUUCCGAAGCAUCCGUACCAAGCUCAUGCUCAUGUCCCGCAACGAGGAGGCCACCAAACACUUAGAGACAAGUAAACAACUGGCAUCAGCCUAUCAGGAGGAGGUACGAGUGCGUGAGGAUCUGAUGGGUUUGGCAAUCGGCUCCCACGGCGCUAACAUCCAGCAGGCCCGCAAGGUCCCAGGGGUUACUGCCAUUGAGCUCGAGGAGGAAAGCUGCACCUUCAGGAUCUACGGAGAGACCCCAGAAGCUGUGAAACAGGCUAGAGUAUAUCUGGAGUUUAAAGAAGACUCCUUCCAGGUACCCAGGAGUCUUGUUGGCAAAGUUAUUGGGAAAAGUGGCAAAAUCAUCCAGGAAAUUGUGGACAAGUCCGGUGUGGUGCGUGUUCGGAUUGAAGGGGACAAUGACAAAAAGCUGCCCAGAGAGGAGGGUAUGGUUCCCUUCAUCUUUGUAGGAACCAAAGAAAACAUCAGUAAUGCUCAAGCUUUGCUGGAGUACCAUGUGGCCUACCUGCAGGAAGUGGAACAGUUGCGUCUGGAGCGGCUGCAGAUCGAUGAGCAGCUUCGUCAGAUCGGUGUCGGUUACCGUACAGCCCCAAGCCGCACCAGUGCACCUGGAGCCAGUGAUCGGGAGAGGGGAUACCAGACUGACGAGAGCAGCAACUCUCUACAGACUUCCCGCACGUAUGGCGGACGAGGUCGCGGGCGCAAAUCCAACAAUGCAUACUCUGGUUAUGGAACAAACUCUGAGAUGUCCAAUGCUUCUGAGUCAGAGGAUCUGGGAGAGCGGGAACCAAGGCCCCGGGGAGUAGGCGGUGAAGAGAGGGGCUCCCGGAGAGGAGGCCGUGGUCGAGGAUCCAGCACAGGCAGAGGCCGUGGAGGCCCAGGAUCCCGCAGCUCGAACACAAUUAGCUCAGUGCUAAAGGACCCUGACAGUAACCCGUACUCUCUGCUGGAGGGUGAAGGUGAUGUGGGCGGAGACACUGAUGCCAGCGAGAGCAUGGGUGGCAAUGACCGCCGCAGACGUUCCCGCCGCCGCCGUAAUGACCAGGAGCCCAGUGUGAUUGAUGCUGCCAAUGAGUCAGAUGGCCAGGCAGCUACUAGUGAGAACGGACUGGAUGAUGAUGGCAAACCCCAGAGGCGAAACAGAAGUCGCCGUCGCCGCAACCGUGCCACUCGACCUGAGGGAGGCUCUGCCAGCCGUGACAGACAGCCAGUUACCGUGGCCGACUUCAUCUCUCGUGCAGAAUCUCAGAGCCGACAGAACCUUCCAGUGAAGAAAGAUGAAAUCCAGCAUGCCUCCCUCCCCAAGGAGAAUGGGACUAGUGUGAAGAAGGAAGAGCAUACCCCGUCCAAGCGUUCCCCUAGCAAUGGUGUGGCAUCAUCUGGGGAGGCUCUGACCCUGGUGAACGGCGUUUCCUAAAUGGAAAUUGCAAAACGUCCGCUCACCACUCAAGACCAUUGUCUAGAGCAAGACACUACAGCGAUCUGUCCCUGCUUGCAUUUACGUAAAAAAACCUUUAAACAGACGAGUGAAAAAUCGACUAAAAAUCUUGAAUUCAUAUGAGAUUGAGGAGAAAAAAGAUAUUAAAAAAAAGACAAACGCAUCUACUUAAACACUUUAACGGUGUAUGUUUAUCCUAUCUAUCAGUACUUAGUGCAUAUGUAAAAGAAGCUUGCCAAAAAAGAGCUGGUGGAUAUGCUUCGAAAAUCUGACGUAACUGAACACAGGAUGUGACUAUAUGUUUUUAUUUUUGGAGAAACGGUUUUCUUUUUUUGUUUGUUGUCGAUGUUUUGUUUUGUUUUUCUUCACUGGUGUGGGAUUGGUCACAUUCCCAAACAGAUGCAUCUCUGAAACAGUGUUAGAGGCGAGGGGAGGAGCUAGCCAAGAGAUUGGGUGGUGUGGGCGGAGCCUCUCACAUGACUGGCAGUUGAGGCUAUGGUACUCUAAGAUUAUGGUUGUGUGUAGGGGGAAGGAAAGGAACGACAUUGUGCCUUGAAUUUGAAAAAAAAAAAACUUGAGCAUUUUUGUUUUUGUUAGUGGAACAACAGAUACUGUUUCAUAUGCUUUUUUUUUUUCUUUUUUCAAGUAAAAGAGAAACCAGUGCUAGGAGAGGGAAGACGGGAUAAAAUUUGAUACUAAUGCCAAACUAGAAGGGUAAGAAUGUUAAUUUGUGGUAGAAGUCAUGAUCUGGAUGGUGUUUGUGUGUGUGUGUGUGUGUGUGUGUGUUUGUACACAUGUAGUUAGUAUGCAACCAUAGACGUAAAUUGGGAGAACUGUUGCAUCAUCUCAGAGCCAGCUCUGUUGUGAGGGACGAAAGGAUGCAGCCACUUCAGUUAAAGGAUAGGUGUUCACUUCUGUGCUCUGCAUUACACAGGCAAACAGGCAUGGCAGCAUCAGGAACAGCCUCAUAUACAGACAUGCAGUUAGAAAUCUGUCUGAACCAGAUUGUGUAUUUUACCCAGAACCGAUAUUAAGACAUACAUCAGUGCCUCUGAUCCUCAUCCCCCAAAAACCACCACUGUUUCUGAGCGGGAGUACAUAGGAUGUGAUGGUGUGGGAAAUUAAUAAAGAUAAUGCACCCAGCUGCAGUUUUGACACCACAGUAGAUGAUGUGGUUUAUACACACUGUGCCUGCUGAACGCUUGAAAAGGUGACUACUCCUCUGUGGUGCCCCCUACUGGAUGGGUUUGGGGUUUACACAACCUAGUGAUCAAGAAGGCAUGUUGUGUAGGGAAUAGCACAGCCUGUGAAAAGUUGAGAGCCAGCCACACACACAUACACACACGUGCGUGCACACACAAUGGUGUAUGUGAAUCUACAAUACACUCCAAUGUUGUCACUAUACAGUUUAGACUUCCUGAGUCUCUGGUCAAGGAACUUUAAACCUGAGUUUUAAUCCACUUGCCUCGAAGGCCAGGCAAGCGUGGUGUUUAAAUGGAACAGCAUGUCUGUCGCGUUAUCGAAUGCCGCAGUCAAAAAGACAGACCCGGGGGUUCAUGUCUCCCUUUGGCUCACAUUACUGUCAUCUUGGUUCUUGCUCUCAAACUUUUUUGGUUGUACUUUUCACAUCAUAAAAAAAAAAGAAUAAAAUUGAAGUGAAAAAACAAA